GGAAUGUUUGGGUAAAUUUCUAAAAAUAGGAUCUUUUGGGUUAAAUUUCUGGAGAUUUAUUUCCCACGCCGCCGCCGCCGCCGAGAGCAAAUCCAACAAAAUUCGCGCGCGUCUCGCGUCCAUCAUCGCCCUACCAUCCAAAUCCAAAAGCCCGCCCUUUCGCCCUACAAAAGAGGCAAGCUUGCAUCAUUCCUCCGUCGCUCUCUCUCUCCCAGAACGAUCCGGCGAGAAGAGAAAUCUUACGCUUCUCCCUUGUUUGGUGGCCGAGCGAUCUAGGGUUCGCUGGAUCGAGUCUAGGUUUUGCUUGGUCUACAAUUUGUGUGAUGGGAAGAUAAUGAUUUGGGAACUUCCAUUUGGCGAUUUCUGCAAGGGAGUGGAGAAUGGGUGAAGGAGGCGGAUAUCAAGAAGAUGGUGAUGCCAGAAGAUGUGCUUUGGGUGAUGUAACUAAUCUUGGGAAAAGAGGGCUUAUUUUGGAUUCAAAAAAGAUUUUUUCAGGAGAAGGGAUUGACGAAAACAGUCAAGCCAAUGUCGAUGAUAGUUUUGUAGAGGAAAGAGCUUUUAAGAAAUGGAAAACAGACAUUGAUGGCAAAACUGAAGCUUUGGUUGACAUAAAAGGGAAGGGCCUUUUCUCUUCCGAGGCUAAAGAGGCAGGCUGGCCUAUGACUCCAAACAUCAUAGGCAAUUUUGUCCAGAGAAAUAUUGAAUCUGAUUUGGUUUCCCUGCAAAAGAGUUCUGAUUCAUUAGCAAAUGAGACUGUUGGCAAGUUAGGAUCAGGCUUUAUAUCCACUGAGCCAGUGCUUGUGCAAUGUGAUAAAUUAUUCGUAACUGAUUCAGAAGAAGAUUUUUCGGAUGGUCAUGAAACUGAUAGUGCUGGUUCUACUAGAUACUCUUUCCAAUCAAAGGAAGUUGAAAACUGUUCGACUGCACUAAAAUCUCCUGGCUUAGACUUUACAACUUUGAAGGAAGGAAAUGUUCAUGGUUGCGAAGGUCCCUGGAAGUUCCAAAAAACAUCUGGCUCAUCGAAAGGCAGUAUGGAUUCUGGUGUAAAUGAAUCCAGUAGCGUCCCAAGUUGUGGCAAAGUUGGAAUGCUGGAAGAAUCUUGUAAAUGUCCUUUUUGUCUCAAAGCGGCUUACAUAUGGGCAGACCUAAAUUAUCAGGACACUAGAGCCAGACUUGCCGAAUUGAAGAAAAGCAGAAGACUUGCGAAGUCUUUAGAAGCACGAAGUUGCAGCAACAAAAGUAGUACCAAAGCUGCUCGAAGGAUCUCAGAUACAUCUGCUUCAUUGGAGUCUGAAUUAACUCAACAGUGGCGAUCACUUUUCCUUUGCACAGAGAAUAUUGUUGCCCGUGAAGCUUUUGAGCUUCAUGACAAAUUUCUCAGGCUGAAAGAGUUGAAGGAGAACUGCAAGAGAGACUUGGAGAAAAAUAGUUUGGUUCCUUCAUAGAAAUGAUGUUAUCCUAAGUCACUUCCCAGUUAUUUGAUUCAGUCAUUAGGUAGUUUCGCAAGGAAGAUCCAAUAUGGAGCGUCAAUUUGUUACUGAAAAUUCUGAGAGACCAUUUAAAUAAUUAAGAUUAUUGCUUAUUAAA